AUGGCGCCUUGUAAACCAUCAACCACUCUUGUUGACACCAAGCAGAAACUCAGCACCUCCUCCGACACUUCUUAUGAGGAUCCCUCCUUGUAUCAGAGUCUUGUAGGGGCCCUACAGUAUCUCACAUUCACUCGACCUGAUAUAUCAUAUGUUGCUCAACAAGUUUGUCUUCACAUGCAUGCCCCUCACAUGAAACACAUGCUUGCUUUUAAGCGCAUUUUGCGUUAUGUUCAGGGCACCUUACAUUUUGGACUACACCUAUCCUCAUCUCCUAUUACAAAGCUUAUCUCCUACACUGACGCUGAUUGGGGUGGAUGUCAUGACACCAGACGUUCUACAUCUGGUUACUGUGUUUUUCUAGGUGACAACUUUAUUUCUUGGUCUUCCAAAAGGCAGCCAACUCUCUCCCGUUCCAGUGCUGAAGCCGAAUAUAGGGGGUUGCCAAUGUUGUCUCUGAAUCGUCAUCAGCGUACUAAGCAUAUUGAGAUGGACAUUCAUUUUGUUCAGGAAAAGGUAGCUCGUGGUCAGGCUCGCGUUCUUCAUGUUCCCUCAAGACAUCAGAUCGCAGACAUCUUCACCAAAGGACUUCCUUGCAUUCUCUUUGAUGAUUUUCGGACCAGUCUAAGCGUCCGUGAACCUCCCGCUUCGACUGUGGGGGUGUGA